AUGCGGGCUUCCCGGUGGAUCUGGAUUGCCGCCACAUUCCUCACCUCGACCGUCCACUCAACAGAGACAGCACCCUUCACGGCAGCAGAAGAAGCCACAGCCAACAAACGAGCAUUUGAAGUCCUGCGCAUCCUCAGACGAGCCGACAACAACUGCCCGAGCGGCUUCAACCCCUGCACCGAACUAGGCAACGCAAACGCAUGCUGUAAGCACGGAACGAACUGCUCGCGCGAUGACGCCAACAACAUCGCCUGCUGCGCGAGCGGCGCAAGCUGCACCGGCAGUCUGACUGGCACGAAGACGACAGGCACAGGCACCAUGUUCAUGUUCCCCAGCGGCGCAACCGCAACCACCACUACCGGAAGCGGGGCAGCGUCCGUUACCGGGUCGACAAUAGACGGCGCAUACCCAUUCGUUGUCGUCCCGACCGCUUUCAACAAUGCUGAGACUUGCUCGUCCUAUUACUCCGUUUGUCAGUCUGAGUACGCACAAUGCACUGGCGCGCUGAUGGGCCGCUACGGUGUUACUAUUGGUGGUGCCGGCGGAGGCAAGACGGUUCAGGCUGUCACGGCUGCGUCGCAGGCGACUUCUAUUUGCUCGAGCUUGAGUGUAGAGGCUUGCCAUGGCAUUAAUUUGGGGUAUUGUAGUGGCGUUGCGACACAGACUGGCAGUGCGGACGCGAAUGGGAAUGAUGCCUCUCCUGUGCGGAUGUCGAGUCUCCAUGAUCUGGUCCUUGGGCUGGCGGUUGGGGUUGCGGGGAUGUUUAUAUGA